CGCUGCGCCCCGGCGCUGAGGCCCCGAGGAUCGGGGCGGCAGGUCGCCCUCCCCACCAUGAAGAAGACCCGGAGCACAACCUUGCGGCGAGCCUGGCCUAGCUCGGAUUUCUCGGACCGGGCCUCGGACCGCAUGAGGUCCCGCAGCGAGAAGGACUACCGCCUGCACAAGCGCUUCCCCGCGGCCUUCGCGCCCCAGGCUUCGCGGGGCUACAUGACAUCAGGUGAUGUAUCACCAAUCAGUAUGUCUCCCAUCAGUCAGUCUCAGUUUAUUCCACUCGGGGAAAUCCUCUGCUUGGCCAUCUCAGCAAUGAACUCGGCAAGAAAACCUGUCACCCAAGAAGCACUGAUGGAACACCUGACCACGUGUUUCCCAGGUGUUCCAACCCCAAGCCAAGAAAUUCUGCGGCACACGCUGAACACGCUGGUACGGGAGAGGAAAAUCUACCCAACUCCAGAUGGCUACUUCAUCGUGACCCCGCAGACCUAUUUCAUAACUCCUUCCCUCAUAAGAACUAACAGUAAAUGGUACCAUUUGGACGAGAGGAUACCUGACCGGUCUCAGUGCACCUCUCCGCAACCCGGGACCAUCACGCCCUCUGCCUCAGGCUGUGUCAGGGAAAGGACAUUGCCCCGAAACCACUGCGACUCUUGCCACUGCUGCAGAGAAGACGUGCACAGCACGCAUGCACCCACCCUGCAGAGGAAGUCUGCCAAGGACUGCAAAGACCCUUACUGCCCCCCUUCUCUGUGCCAGGUGCCACCCACUGAAAAGAGCAAAAGUACUGUAAAUUUUUCCUACAAGACAGAAACCCUCUCAAAACCUAAAGACAGUGAAAAGCAGUCAAAAAAAUUCGGGCUCAAGUUAUUCCGGCUAAGUUUUAAAAAAGACAAGACCAAACAACUGGCCAAUUUUUCUGCCCAGUUUCCUCCUGAAGAGUGGCCCCUGCGAGACGAGGACACGCCAGCUACGAUCCCCCGGGAAGUGGAGAUGGAAAUCAUUAGGCGCAUUAACCCAGACCUGACCGUGGAAAAUGUCAUGCGGCACACCGCCCUCAUGAAGAAACUGGAAGAAGAAAAGGCCCAGAGGAGUAAAGCCGGCUCCUCUGCCCAUCACAGCGGACGGAGUAAAAAGAGUAGGACUCAUCGGAAGUCCCAUGGAAAGUCUCGGUCUCACAGCAAGACACGAGUGUCUAAAGGAGACCCCUCCGACGGUUCCCAUCUGGACAUCCCGGGUGAAAGGGAGUAUGACUUCUGUGAUCCUCUUUCCAGGGUGCCCAGGGAGGGCUGCUUCAUCAUUGAACACAAAGGAGAUAACUUCAUCAUGCACAGCAACACCAACGUGCUCGAGUCCCACUUCCCCAUGACACCAGAGUGGGAUGUGUCCGGUGAAUUGGCCAAAAGGAGAACUGAGAUGCCUUUUCCUGAACCUUCUAGGGGAAGCUCCCACUCAAAAGUGCACCGAAGCCACAGCCAUACCCAGGACCGGAGGUCCAGGAAUGAGAGAUCCAACAAAGCCAAGGAGAGAUCCAGGUCGAUGGAUAACUCCAAAGGCCCUCUGGGUGCUUCUUCUCUAGGGACGCCGGAAGACCUGGCUGAAGGCUGCAGCCAAGACGACCAGACCCCCAGCCAAUCCUACAUUGACGACAGUACUUUGAGGCCUGCACAGACUGUUGGUCACCAAAGGGCUCACAUUGCGUCCACAAGCUAUAAAGAAGUGUGUAUUCCAGAGAUAGUCAGUGGCAGCAAGGAACCCUCCAGCGCUUGUAGCCUUUUGGAGCCAGGCAAACCACCUGAGAGUUUGCCGUCCUAUGGCGAACUCAACUCUUGUCCAACAAAAACAGCCACAGAUGACUAUUUCCAGUGCAACACCUCUAGUGAGACAGUGCUCACGGCACCAUCACCUCUGGGAAAGAACAAGGAGGACCAUGACACUCUGACUUUGGCAGAGGGGGUGAAAAAGCUCUCCCCAUCUGAUAGGCAGGUCCCCCACUCCUCCAGGGAGCCUGUAGGACACAAGGAGGAGUCACCAAAAGGGCCGGGUGGGGGCCCAGCUGCUUCGGGAGGAGUGGCUGAAGGGAUCGCCAACGGACGCCUCGUCCAGCACCAUGGUGCCGAGCCCAGCAGCUUGGACAAGAGGAAAGAGAUAUUUAGCAAAGACACACUGUUCAAACCUCUUCACAGCACCUUGUCUGUAAACAGCUAUCACAAAUCCAGCCUGUCCCUCCUCAAAUCUCACCCGAAGACACCUGCUGACACAUUGCCAGGCCGAUGUGAGAAACUGGAACCGUCCUUGGGGACCUCGGCGGCACAAGCCACGCCUGCUUCCCAACGUCAGCAGGAGUCAGGAGGGAACCAGGAAACCUCUUUUGACUAUUACAACGUCUCUGAUGAUGAUGACUCUGAGGAAGGGGCAAACAAGAACACGGAGGAGGAGAAAAAUAGAGAGGACGUAGGCACCAUGCAGUGGCUCCUCGAGAGGGAGAAGGAAAGAGACUUGCAGAGGAAAUUUGAAAAGAACCUCACCCUUCUUGCCCCAAAAGAAACCGACAGCAGCAGCAACCAGAGAGCCACCCAUUCAGCCCGGCUCGACAGCAUGGACAGCAGCAGCAUCACAGUGGACAGUGGAUUCAACUCCCCACGUACUCGGGAGAGCCUGGCUUCCAACACAUCAAGCAUUGUUGAAAGUAACCGUCGUCAGAACCCUGCUUUGAGCCCGGCGCAUGGUGGAGCUGGUCCAGCCUUCAACUUCCGAGCGAGCGCGGACCCGCCGACAAAUGAAGCUGAGAAGCUACAGAAACCUUCCAACUGCUUGCAAGCUUCUGUUACUAGUGUGUGAUAGUCCUUCUGCCUCAGAUCUUCUGUCUCAUUCGAUACAGCAAAGUUUACGACACUGGGACUGAUGUUUACAUCUUUGGAAAGACAAGCAUCUCAACCACAGUUUUUGUGUUUACUUAAACUGUGCUGCUAAGUAGGGCUAGGGCAAAAAAACAAAAAAAAAUCUUUAUUUCAGAGUAUUGCUUUUCACAUUUAUGGCUCUGUAGCAACUGAAUAACAGUAGGGGUGAUAUGUAUACUUUUGCUUCACUAAUUGUAUCUGAGCACACAUAGGAAAGUCUAGACACUGUAAGUGUAAUAUGCAUUUUCAAUGUCAUGCAGUUGCCAAUUCCAUUUUAAAAUGCCACAGAUGCGUGUUGCUCCCAGUCUGUGGUUAAACGGUGCCACAGAACUGAUCCUUGACACUUCCAAAAAAAACAAAAAAACAGAAAACAAAAAAACAAAAAAAACAAAAAAACUAAGUCACCACGAAAUGUCAAAUGCAAGGGUCCACCCUGAGGGAAAUAGAUGCCAAACUAACUAGAAGGGACCCUGGCCCUUUGUGUGUGAAUUGUUUAUGCACCAGUCAUUUUUCACUGUGAGUUUUCGUGACACUCUUUUGCAGGAGCCCGUGGAAGUGUGUGAGAAGGGGUCGCAAUGAAAAUCGCUGGGAGUGAAUGUUUUCAGGAUUUUGUUUUCCAGUGUAACAGAUGCUUGUCUGAUUUUUUAACCUUCCAUGAUCACAAACAGGAAUAUAGGCCUUUGAAUCUGAAGUGGACAAAGGAAAGGAAUUUCCAGUCUGGCUGGGGCACAGCUCUAGGUGAUGGGAGAGGUGAUGUGGACUUGUAAAAGGUGUUACUCAAAUAUUGAAGGAAGAGAAUUUCCUCCUCGUGAUACUUAGGAUGACCCUAUCUUACUCAAAUAGAUACAAUAAUUAGUUUGUUUAAAAGCAAAAUGUUCUUUGUGAUACAAAUGAAGAGUAUGGCCUGAGGAUGUUAUUCUUUCUAAUGGAAGGACAUAAAUCUAUUUUAUGUAGUUUUAGAUAGAAUGCCUAAAUUAGGCUGUGGGAGAUAAUUUUUAGUGGUUAUAGGAAAGAGCAAAUUUAGGGAGAGUUGAACUUCAGGCCUUUUAUUCCUGGGAAGAUAUCUAUAGAGAAAACUUUUAAAAUAAUUUUUGAUUAGAAAUAUACAUGUGCCCAUGUAAUAAACAACAGAAUGUGCUCAUUCUGCUAGUGUGGUAUAAUCCUAAUUUGUACUCCCCUAAAAUUUAUCAGAAUAACAAUUAUGCAUACAUGAACUAUGCCAGAGUAAUGUUUACAGAUACUUUGUAACCAAUUUCAGGAGGCGUUUUUAGGUGGAUGUGUAGUUAAUUAGCCCAACUUAUUUCAAAACGGUUUGUUAACAUUUUGCUUUGGUUUCCAAUGUCAUGUUGAACACAAAGAAGACCCAGCAGCAAAGGGAUGACCAAUAAUUUCAUCUUAUAGCAAAGAGACAUUCCAGCGUUCCCAUGUUUUAUUUUCUGAGAACAGUGGAACAGAUCUGUAGUAAUGGAAUAUUCUUUGCAAAAGGGUUACAUAGGACACAAGUAAGUGUUCUGACAUAAAGUUUUAUUUAGUUCAGUGGCAUGUGCUGCUGGGAGCCAUACACCAUAAAAUAUAUAUAUAUCCCAAAAUAAAUCUAGAAUGUUUUCACCUCCGAUUUCAGUAAUUGACAUAUGAUUUGUGAGACACAUCUGUUUUUGUAUUAGGUUUAAUCACUAGUGAUCUGUUUAAAGAAUCCAGUCCUAUACACAGUUGGACUCAUUCUUGAAACCUUUAAAUGCUCCCUCCUAGUUUUUCAGUUAUUUGGAAGUUGCAUUGGGUCAAACUGAACUCCUUGAGUUUGGUAUAAAUUCCUUUUUUGUGCUUACUAUAGUGAAACUUCAGCACGUUUCUUAGUAAACUCCCAUACCAUUGAAAUGCUUAAGCCAGUUGGCUUUCAGUCUCAUGCCUUAUUUCCUCCAAGGCAUGCCUCGACGCAUUGUUUGUCUUAUCGCUUAAAUAUGUCCAGAAGGAAUGAUCAUGUAUCUAAUAGACUACAUAGUCGGUUCCCUUGGGGAGUUAUAUAUCAUACGGUUACUAAAUUUUUGUCUAAAUUCAUUUUUUCCAAAAAACCUGCUCUCAAAUUUUUCUUCUACUCUCAGUUCAUAAAUAAUAUAACCAUGGAAACAACACAUCAGCCUCUAGCUGAUCCUCUGAAAGUAGCCAUUGAAAUAAUCGAAUGCUAUGUGAACAGGAAAGGAAAGCAUUACCUUUAAGAGAAGCUUUAACAUAGGAAUUUAUUGAUAUUUCAUGGGAUAUAGGUUUACAGAAGACAUUAUUCAAAUAAAUAUGUACACUAUUUGCCUGAUGCUAUGGGGUACAUAAUUUUUUAAAAACUCCCUUAGACCAGCAGCCAUUAGUGUAGAAAUGAUGGACUUUAAAGGUGAUACCAUGUAAGCAGAUGUUGCAUAUAAAACUAUUCUUGCCUGAAUCUGAUUGAGAUUCUUGAACAGGGGAGGAGUGGCUGCCGGCAGCACAUUGCAAAUGUCAUCCGAGGUCACGGUGAGGCUCUCGGUCCCAGAACAGUGGGGUCCUCGCCAGGCGUUGCCAGUAUCCUUUUCCUCCUGUAAAAUCAUAGCUUUGUGUUACACGACUGCUUAUCCAGUCUUAGGGUUUAGCAACUGAAAGGUUUACAAAACCGAAUCUGGUUGAAUCUCUGUGAAAGGGUCAACACAUCUGUCGGCAUUUUGCACACUUAUGUAUUAUUAUGAUACAACAUAUUACUUUAUGGUAAUUUUUAUUUUUACAUAUAACUACCUCCAUAAAUUUGAUGAAAUGGCAGCCGUGUGUUAAAGUGUAUCGUUCAGAAGCGCAAAGUUGAACACUUCCUUCAACAUUAGGGCAUGGCGUGCUGUGUGUGUCAGUGAUUGCCUCUGUGGACUCAUGACUUUCCAUCGCCAUGGCUUUCUCUUACGCCCUUGUUUGGCUUUCAGAUGUAAUCCUGUCUUCUCCUCUCUUCCCCACGAAAGCGCAGUCGAUUUUGUUAGGAAUGAACAGAAGUUUAAAAAUUCUUUUGCCCCCCCCCGCCCCCCCACCCAUUCCUGUUAAAAGUUCUCUGGCGAAGAGCCAAUGGGUGAACGUAAUUGAGAGAGCUAUUUACUCCUUUGGAAAUCUGAUUUGAAGUCUAAGUUUUCAGUAACAGAAGACACACAAGCAAUGUGGACUGCCAAGCUUGAAGCACUUCGGGCUCUGCCUUCACUCGCAUGCUACCAUGUCGAGCCCAAACUCCACUUUAAUUAAAAGAGCUGUGCUGUGAAUUCCACAACUUCUGUUAAAUAAUUUGUAUUCCAUUAUAUAUAUUUUGCACAUCUCAGGGGACCAUAAUAAACAUAUGAACGGGGGGGUGCCAUCAGAUAGAGAAAACAAAUAGAAGAGGCGAAUGGAGACUAGCUGGAUAAAAAUAACAAGUUACUGCUUCUCUGAUGUUGUGAAGGUCGGGUUCAGGAAGCGUCAAUUCACAGUUAAUCUGGAAUAACAAUGAUCUGAACACCAGCUGUUCCCAGGUCCCUCUUUUUCAUAGCCCAACCAGCAUUUCUAAAAUGUAAAUUUAAAUUACAUUGCAGUCACCAUGGGGAGAAGAAACCUGUUCAGUGGAAGCAGAAGCAUUGUUCCUUUUUUAGGUUGGCGCAGCUUUGCAAAAUUCUACCCAGGAUAAACCACUUAUCACCACCAAGUGUACUUGAAAAUAAAGUUUUUAACUUAAAUUACAAGCAUAUUGCUCACGAUACAAUAGUGAUCAUUUUUUGAAAGUCUCGCCAUUUAUAACAUGGGCAGUAUUUGGAGCUUGAUUUAAAAACCAACAACAUAAUGACUUUUCACGAUUCACUUUGGGAUCUCAAAGUGCUUCCAAAGCAUUCAGAUUCACAAACAAUUCACAAGACAGGUCAUCUUUGUAAUACCCAUACUUGAAAUGAAUAAAACAAAAGGAGUGACUUAAGAUUCCCCAGAAACACAGUGGCAGCUAUCAAUGAUCUGUUUUCUAUCUGUUUGAUAGACCAUCAUGAGAAAUCACUAAAUACAAAGCUAUUUUUCUGAUGUGUGCUAAUAAAGUCAAAGAAAACAAAUACAA